GCUACCACUAGAGAUUAGAGGAUCACUAUCUACUUCACUGCUAAAGCUCAUUUUUACUCAGUGGGCCACAGUGUUAAGUCAGUUUCUGGAAUCUCUGUGCUACGUACUUAGUCGAAUUUUCCAUCAAGUACCAACUCGAACUUUCCGUGAGUCAAGAUGUCUGAAAUUCUGUGGACUGAAAAGGGAGGUAGCAGUAAUGUAGGUGGUGGCGCAUUAACGAUACCACAAAAGAAAACUCCCUCAAUGGCGAAAUGCACAUGGCACGCGCCUUGGAAACUGUAUAGAGUUAUCAGUGGUCAUCUGGGAUGGGUACGGUAUUGUGCCGUGGAAUCUGGAAAUGAAUGGUUUGCUACCGGUUCAGCUGAUAGAGUAAUUAAGGUAGGUUUUCCAGUUUUUAAUCUUGCGUUCUCAUUACUCUUUAUUCAGUGAUGUGACGAAAUACAUUAAACUAUAGCUACUAUAUAAAGGAUAGCUGACUCGUCCGCCAUAUUGGAGCCCAUCAAGCACAUUACAAACGCUUCCAGAUUCCUAUUCUUUUCGUUCUAAAUUAGUUAUUAAAAUCCAAAUGAUGUAUUUGUUUUUGGAAAGUCAUAAUUUUAUUAAUAUAAACAUUGCAAACAAGGAUCAAAGAAAUAAAAUAUAAUAGAUUAAUUAAUUUAUUAUGGUUUUCUGAAAUACAGAUUUGGAACCGUAGCUUAUCUGUGUAUUUGUUUUAGUACACAUUUCAAAAUUUCUUAUCCCUAAGCCGCGUACAGUUGUAUAAUGUUGAAGUAAAUCAUGCAGGAUAUUACAACAUUGAGGAAAUAAAGAAUUGUAUUUAUCCUUUACAUCAUUGAUGAUAGCUUUGAAAGAUACUAAGUUUUGCAAUAAAUCUGUCAUAUUGUUCUGAACAACAGAUUCAGUAUAGUGAAACAUUUCAUAUGUUGUAUUAGAAAUUCUUUUCAAUCCUCCUAAGUCUAAGCAUUCAGUUAAAGUUGCCUCUUUUUGGUGAAAUAGUUGAACAUUUAGCAAAAAUGUUUUGCAACUUUUACAAAUAUUUUUAUGAGUGAAUAGGAAAUGUACACAACUACCAGCUAUGUGGUAUAUAUUUACCUUGUCACUUUCUGUAAAUAUCUCAGCAGAAGCUCCACUAACAACUUCUUCAGAAUUAUUAUUGUCAUCUAUAAACAACAUUUUUUUAACUAAAAUGCUAUCAUCCAUAUCAUAUCAAUUCAAUCAAAGCAUAAAACCUACAAGAAAUAUAAGCUGACUGUUGAAUGUUUGUGCUGCACAUCGACAUAGAGCAUGAACUGUGC